AGCUUAAGACUUGUGGAGACAAAUGGAGCAGCUUCGCAUUUUCAUAAUGAUUGGAUUUUUCACAGUUUUUGAUGGUGCACAAAACCCAGGGAGUCCAGCUCCACUUCAGAGCCCUUCCUAUCUGAUCUCAGUCUCCAGAGUGGUACAUUUCGGUGUUCCAACCACUAUAUCCAUCACCAUCCUUACCAAAUCAUCAGUUUUAGUUAUCUCUGAGAUAAUCCAAAGGAACGACAGCCUGGGCCGAGCUCAGAGCACCAUCCAAGGAGGAUCCACUAAACUGCAAGUGCUGCCUCCUAUCCCUGAGAAAAAUUCCAGCUACUGGUACCCCUAUAAGCUGAUUGUAAAUGGUUAUAUUGAACAGACUUUGGUCUUCUCUAAUUCUACCGUGCUGCAGUACAGCCCCAGGAGUGUGUCUAUCCUCCUACAGACUGACAAACCCAAAUACAAACCAGGCCAAGCUGUAAAAAUCCGGGCUCUGGUCUUAACCCCUGAUGGCAAACCAUACAACAAACAGAUAGACAUCAUCAUAAUGGACCCACGGGAGAAUCUGAUCCAUCAGUGGCUGGCUGUAGACACUUCACUUGGAGAGACAGCUGAAGAGUUUCAGCUCUCUCAGAACCCUCCUCUCGGGACGUGGAAAAUCAUAGCUACAGUGAAUGAAGUCAGUCAGGAAAAAGUCUUCACUGUCAGUCAUUACGUGUUGCCUAAAUUUGAGGUCCUGCUCGAUGUUCCUGAUGUUCUUUACUAUGAAGAAAACCUGACAUACACUGUUACUGCAGAAUAUCUUUAUGGAAAGCCAGUCGCUGGGAAAAUGUCAGUAGUAUAUGUUCAUGACUUCCACGGCAUAGCAACAUCUUAUGAAGAUUGGAAAAUGAUUGAUGGGAAAGCUGAAUUAAGCUUUGACGUUCCUUCGCUGUAUAAGUCAGUUGAAUACAUAUAUUCUGAAGAAUUUGACACAAGUGACUACGUUGACAUUAACGUGCAGGUCACAGAGUUGCUGACUGGUGUCACAUACAACAGCUCUGUUCGGGUUUCUGUUGCGAUGUAUAGAUAUAAUCUGGAGUUUCAGCAGUAUCCAUCCACCAUAAAGCCAUCUCUGAACUUCUCUGCGCAGCUAAAAUUGUCCACCUAUAACAGCCAUCUUCUGACAGCAGAGGACCGAAGUCAGAGUGUAACUCUCACUGUGAGUCAGCAACCUCUCAGUCCCUGGAUGUUUGGAUGGGGAAAAGCAGCAAAUUCCCAAACCCAGAAUUCCUCAUAUUUGGAGUUUACACCCUCGUCUUUCCUUCAUCCUAAUGGAAAUAAUUCAGUGAAGAUCUUACACCUUCCUGUCCCUGCUGAUGGAGUCAUCCCCUUCCAGGUUGAGCUCUCUGAAAACGUGGCUAUGCUAACAAUAGAGGCCCGAUAUGAAGACAUUCACAAGCGUCUGGAGCUGUACAGAAGAUACUCCUCUCCUUCUAGAUCUUACAUACAGCUGAGAAGCACAGGUUCUCCACAAAUUGGACAAUCCCUCUACAUGACCGUGGACAGUAAUUUCCCCUUAACUGAAUUCCACUACAUGGUAAUAUCACGAGGCCAGGUGGUGGUUGCUGGGACUUUGGCUUCCUCGUACUUCUCCCUGUCUCCCGAUGCAUCGUGGGUUCCCCUGGCGAAAGUGUUGGUGUACUGCAUCCGCCCUGAUGGAGAGAUCAUCAAUGAUGUUUUGGAUGUUUCCUUCACAAAAAUCCUGCGUAACAAUGUGUUUGUAAGUUGGGCAAAAGAACAAGCAGAGCCAGCGGAGAAUGUGUCUCUGUCCAUCUCUGUAGCUGAGCCCAGAUCACUGGUGGGAAUCCUGGUAGUAGACAAAGCGAGCCAGGACUCAGAACGAAGCAACGAUUUCACAGAAAAGAGGGUGAUGGAGGAACUGACGACUUACACUAUGGAUGAGACUCUGAUGCAUGGAAUGGAAAUUAGCAACCCAUAUACUGUGUUCAUGGUGAGUGGCAUCACAGUCCUCACUGACGCAAGCCUAAACGCAGAAAACAGCUACACCAGGCCUGAUUUUCGAGAGGGAUUUCCAAUGCCGCUGACUUCAGAGCAAGUAGACCCGGAACCUCGUCAGCGUAGGAAUUUCCCUGAGACCUGGCUGUGGCUCGACACCACCAUGGGUGAAUCUACAACAGCAGCUUUCACAUUCACUGUACCAGACAGCAUGACCUCUUGGGUGGCCACAGCCUUCGUGAUAUCAGAAAAUCUGGGUUUGGGCCUCAGCCCUCCUGCAGAGCUGCGUGUAUCUAAAGACUUCUUUGUGUUGUUGAAUAUCCCGCCGUAUCUUGUCCGAGGUGAGCUGCUGCUGCUGGAGGUCAGCCUUUUCAAUUACAUGGAUCUGGACCUGGAGGUACUUGUGACAGUGAAUGAGAGCAGUAUGUUUGAGUUUGUGACCUCAGCUGGUGAUGAGUCUCUUUUAGCAGCCACGCGUCAUGUGUCCGUAUCGAGGCAGAAGAGCACCAUGGUGUCGUUCGCCAUCACAGCCACCCAGCUCGGUCAGAUGCCCAUCUCUGUCAAAGCUAUGAGCCUCUACACCUCAGAUUCGGUCUCUCAGACAAUCUUGGUUAAGCCAGAGGGGAGCGAGCAGUCGUUCACUCAUACACUCUUUCUGGAGUUCGACCCAAUGAAGACAUCUCUAUCCAGAGAGGUGGAGUUUCAUUUCCCUUCAGCAGCUGUUCCAGGCAGUCUGAGAGCCCAGGUCACUGCGGUCGGUGACAUUUUGGGGCCAUCCAUCAGCGGUCUGGACUCUCUGAUUCAGAUGCCGUAUGGCUGUGGUGAGCAGAACAUGAUCCACUUUGCACCGAAUGUUUACGUGCUGCAGUAUCUGAGCAGCUUGGGCCACACUGAUGAGGAAACACGUACUAAAGCUCUGAGCUACAUGACACAAGGUUAUGAGCGUGAGUUGUCGUAUCAGAGGAUGGAUGGCUCUUUCAGCGCUUUUGGAGACAGUGACCCUUCCGGCAGUACGUGGUUAUCAGCAUUUGUGUUGAGGUGUUUCCUCCAGGCUCGGCAGUUCAUCUUCAUCGACACAGUGAUCCUGCUCAGGACGACGAACUGGCUGCGGGCCCAGCAGAGGGCUGAUGGUUCCUUCGCAGAGCCUGGACGGGUUAUACACACAGAGCUGCAAGGAGGAUUGGACAGCCCAGUGUCCCUCACUGCUUACGUCCUCCUGGCUCUUCUCGAGGACGUGGAGUAUAAGCAUAUCUAUGGCAGUGAGGUAUCUGAUGCCAUGAGCUAUUUGACCUCCAAACUGAGCCAAGGCAUCUCCAGUAACUACAGCCUGUGUCUGGUGACUUACGCACUGUCUCUAGCUAAAAGUCCAUCAGCCGACACCGCUCUCACUGAGCUGAUGAACAGAGCCCAGAUGCAUGAUGGCGUUCCUAUGUGGAGCACCGGAGGAAGUGACGUGUCAGAAUCGUGGCAGCCGCGCUCAGCUGAUAUCGAGAUGGCGUCCUACGCUCUGCUUUCUCUGUACAUGCUGGGCAGGGUGGAACCUGCCCUCACCCUCAUGAAGUGGCUCAGCCAGCAGAGGAACCACCUCGGUGGAUACGGCUCCACGCAGGACACGGUGAUUGCUCUGCAGGCUCUAUCGGCCUUUGCCUCACUGAGCAGCACAGAGCAGAUCAACCUCAACAUCACAGUGACGACACAGACGGCUUCAGUGGCUAAGUUCAUCAUAGACCGAACGAACUACCUGCUCUACCAGAGCCAAGAGAUUGAAGCUGAAAAGGAUCUUCAGCUCCAAGUAUCAGCUGUGGGAAGAGGAUUUGCACUGUUCCAGCUUACGACAUUCUACAAUGUAGAGACUCAAACGCUGUCACGCAGACGUCGUGCUGACACGUGUGAGGCCUUUGACUUGUACAUACAGGUUAUGGACUAUGACAUGUACAGUGUCAACAUUCAUAUAUGUUUCCGGCUGUGUGAGAAUCAGGAUCUGAAUCAGACAGGAAUGGCAAUUCUAGACAUUGGUCUACUCACUGGCUUCAGUUUGGCUCAAAGAGGCAUCCCAAUCAACGAGCUGGUUAGAAGAGUUGAGACGUCCCCAGGAAACGUCAUCCUGUACUUAGACUCUGUAACCAAAGCUGAAACCUGUAUUGAGGUCCCAACCACACUGGAGUUUAAAGUGACUGGUGUUCAUGAUGCAGUGGUCACUAUUUAUGACUAUUAUGAGCCAAGGAGGAGGGCGGUGGAGACAUACACAUCUGAGACCAGAAGAGACAUGUCGUUUUGUUCUUUCUGUGGAGAAGACUGCUCUCAGUGUGAAGAUUUGGUGAUCUCAGUGUUUGAUGCCACCAUUUCCUCACACUAUCACCAGGGUUUGGUUCAGAGCCUGGCUUUGCUGCUCCUCAUCACCUUCUCACGCUGCUUCUAGAUAAGAGCUGGCUGAAAUCUCGUUUUGUAUUGAUAUAUCUACAAUGAAAUAACAGUUCAGGACUGUGUUAUAAGGUUAGUUUGCACUGAGUGAGUACUUUGAUGCAGAAUUUCUGUAGUCCCUGAAGAUAACCAUGUAAAUUAACCGUAAACUUUUGAUUUUCUAAGUGAAGCCUUCUAAUAGCAAAAAUAAUCCAUGAAGAACUUAAAAACACAGUACGUUAUUGCUAUCGUCAUAUUUCAAAACUCUCACCUAUACCAAUCUUACUUACCAUGAUUUAAAUGUAAUAGUUGGGGGUAAUGAAGCAUAUGAGGAGUAUUCACCUAGCCUAAACUGCUAUUUAUACUCAAAGUAUGUAAGUAUGAGGAGCACUGAUUAAGAAUUAUAAUACAAAUUUUGACAGCCAAUCAGAAAUUAGUAUUCUGUGGGAUAAACUGUAAUCAUCUACAAACUGUAAUUAUUUACAAUAAUACACAUCAUAAUAAAGGACUGUUGUCUGAAUAUGUGAUAUUAUUUCUAAAUUCUAUGCUAAUGUUUAUGUAAGUAAUAGUUACAAGAGUAGACAAAGUAGUAAGCCAGGCACCCAGGAAAAAUAAUAAAAAAUUAUAGUUUUUUAAAAAAUGUAUUUAUAGUUGCCAAGAAGACAUUGUUUCAACAAACAGAUAAUGAAAAAAAAAAACACCUAAGUGACUUUUUAUUUGCUAUGUUGGUGUGUUUAAAUGUAAUGCAUGUCACAGUGCUCCAUAAAGCUCGUUGCUGUAACUACAGCAUGCGCUACUCAUUCUGAAUCCCAUCACCUACUGCACUACACAUAUUGGUUUAGGUCUGAUCUGGCUGACAGUAUGUAGAUUAAAUAGAGUGCAUGGAUGACAGGAGAUCGUUUCAGAAUCAGGUACAUCCAGGUAUGUUGAAAUACUAAGGAAACAGGGCAAAAUACAGC